GUGUUUCCGGGAUUAAGAACAUGGCGACGACCUGUGAAGAAGUUUUAGUGUCGCCUGUGAAAUCUACUGCUGUCACUCCUUUGAAAAUUCGGGAACUCAUUAACGAGGGAAUCGUGUGCGGGGAAAAAAGCGGAAUCGGGAGAAAGGAAGCAUCUGAAACACCAGAAGAGAAUACUGCAUUUGAAGAUCUACCAGGCAACAACUCCUAUGAAAGUACCAGUAAAGAUGCCUUCUUUAGCAGAGUGGAAUCAUUCUCCUCCUUGAAGUGGGCUGGUAAACCCCCUGAAUUGUGUCCUCUAAUUUGUGCCAAGUAUGGAUGGUGCAAUAUAGAAUGUGAUAUGUUAAAGUGUUCAAGUUGUAAUGCCUACCUCUGUGCCAGCCUUCAACCAAUACUGGAUUUCAGCAAGUAUAAGCAACGUUGUGUGGAGCUGCAGGAAGCAUUGAGAAAAGCGCACGAAAAGUUCUGUUUUUGGCCAGACAGCCCAUGUCCAGAGCAUUUCUGGGCUCUCCUGGUUACAGAGCCAUCCUCCGUAUUAAGUGAUUUUGUGGAGCGUUUUCACAACCUUUGUCACCUAGAGAUGCAGCUGCCUUCACUAAAGCAUGAAGAUGUAAAAAGCAUGGACAUCACAGAAGACACAGUGAGUCGUCUCUUAAGGCUGAUAGAAGAUGAGCUAAAACCUAAGGAAGGAAGAGAGGCUAAUUCUCACAGCCUGCCAUCUGACUCUCUGCAGGUUCAUAUCUCAGCCUGUAUUUUAGCACUGUGUGGGUGGAAUACCAGCUUUUCCUCCGGGUCUUUGUGUAUCAUUAAUUGCCCUCGCUGCAUGAGAAAAGUCGGGCUUUGGGCCUUUCAGCAGUUAGAAACUGUAGAGUUGGACAACUCUUUGAGUGCUCCUGGCACACCUGUUUCUCCAGCUGAGGGUCAUGAAAGGAGCCCUCUUGGAUUUAUGUCACCAAGCAGGAGGGUUACACGUAGCCGUGAUGCUGAACAGAGCCCUGCUUUUGCCUAUGGUAGGACGAGAAGCUCUGACCUCUUAAGCCCAGCAGAUUCAGAAGCUGUACGGAAUCGUCCUGUGACACGCAGCAUGGGGCAGGGUGAAAACACUGGGCUUGGCAAUGAGUUGCACUCCAGUCCACACCGUAGGGCCAAACGCCCUCGACUCUGCUCCAGCAGUAGCUCUGACACUUCUCCUAGGAGCUGCUUUGAUCCACUGUCUCAGCACAGGAGUUGGUGCCCUUGGGUUAAUGUGUGCCAGGCAAGUGGAACAAACACAAUGGGAUCGGAAAUCCAAGAGGAAGCCAGGAGAAAGGAGUAUGGCUGGAAGGAGGUUUUAAAAGUGCUCCUUGCUGAGGAAAAUUCCAGAACCAUAUCUAACCCUGAUACCUCUAGCGUUCCAGAAAAAUCCCACAAGGUCUUCAGGAUCUUUCGCCAGUGGCAGCUGGCAGCUUCUUCAUGAAAACCCACAGAUAUCCCUUUUAUUCCUAAACGGGACCUCUUUGUCAUUUCAAACUGUGAAAAUGCCGAUCUUGACUGUAGUUUUUGAUAUCAGAAUGGAGCUGUUGAUACCAAUGUGUCUAUAUAAUUCCCUCUCUAAUUUUACAUCAUUGAAAUGAGAUCCUAUAUCUGGACUGCUGGUACAGUAAAGAAAACAACACAUCUGCUGAAGUGUUUUCUUUGCCUCACAGGCAUUAAUAGGUCAAUGGGUAAAAUAGUUCCUACCAAAUGUCGUCACACACACAAAUAAAGGAUCUAAGCAAUAUAUUUGGUGAGGUAUGGGAAUACAGAAGUAGUGCAAAGACUGGGAUUCAAGUGGUAGAAUUUCAGUUUUUGAUAACUAUUUUGUUGAUAUCAAAAUUGGAUAUGUGAAUACCUUUAUUAAAUAUAGGUGUUAUGAACAUUGUUUUGUUUUUAUUUGCCUUUUUAAGAAGUGCUACUGGUCACCCACUACCCACAAUAAAUAUCUGAGCAAUAAUUGUCUGCCCAGAGCAAUUGCUGCUGCUUCCUAUUAACAGUGCCCUGUAAACAAAUGAGACCUUUUACUUAUUUUCAAUCUACCGAAUAACAAAUCUGAUACUGAAA